UAUGCACAGCCUUUGCGGAGUGUGCUCGGGUAACUCUCUCGUGUUCACGGCAUCGGAAGCGCCCUCCGAGAGGAGCUGUUGGAAGAUUUCGCAAGUCAUUCAGAAGGGGGUAAAAUUCGCAGCAUACGAUUGCCACCCUUAGCUUUUGGGGGUGAGAGUGUAUGAGUGUGUAUGUGUGCUGGUAGUGUUCGCAUUGUUUGUUCUUGCUAGAUUCGGUGAAUUCCUAGUGGAAACGAAGUGCAACGUAUUUGCGGCGGACGAAGCUAAAAAAAACGACGCGAAGAAUUCGUGGCAAUUCGGACGCCUACGAUAGUGAAGGCGAACUAAUUGAAGUAAACAAGUGGAGUUGGCGGCUCUAUUUUUACUGAGUAGAAGUGCAUCGUCGCAAAGGCGGUAGAUUGCACCACCGCAACAGUGACAUUUCGUUUCGCGAGCACAGGCGCAUGCAACCGAGUCUUGAUCGUGGCGACGAUGGAAUGAAGGAAAGCAUAAAAAUAUGCUCAGCUCGGUCGCAAUUGAGUAACUGCUAGUGGAACAAUUCCGACACCGUAGGACGCACAUGAAAGUGAAAUUGCUUACCUGGUUCAGGCUGCACAUGCGUCGCCAAGGUCGAUAAAGUAAUUUUAUACAAUCGCUGAAGGGAGCUGAAUUUGGGCCACUAAAGAACUGCCAACCGAGUUUGGUAAAGCUUUGUCACUCAACUGAAAUCGGGGUAAGGUGUGCCCUUCACAAUAGUGCUCGAAAUUUUCGCACGAACCAGGUGACGUAAUUCUGCUUGUUCAAAACAGUAAUUUAAUUUUCUUCGGACCGAAAUAAACUGAAAAGCGAAUGAGAUUUUCCUUCGACAAACUUAUGGUCGCUUAACAUUUUCUAAGGUAAAACGAUCACGCACUUUACGCUAUCGAAUGUCAGUUCAAGAUCGUAAAACCUGAUGUAAAGAAACUCUCCUUGAUUGAAUGAUUGACAGCAGCUGGAGCUUGGCUGGGUGACUGAUAUUGAACACCAUCUUCAUAGUUUAUAACUCAUCGAUGGUUGCGGCAGUAGAAGCAAAAACUUGAGGGUGAAGAAUUGCACACCCGCGAGAACGAAAGCCAAUCAAUCGGAAAAUUCACGAAUCUUUCUACAAUCCACAUAUAUACAGAAGUUGAUGAAAAACAUAAAUCUUUGAGUGUAUGAGAGUGUUGACUCAGUGUUGACGAAGAAAGGGGGUCAAAAUAGAAGAAACUUCAGCAACCGCCGACGACGAGGACGAAGAGGAUCGUUGAAUUCAACCGGCAUAAAUAUUAAUUGCAGAAACGAGCCAUAGGGGUGGCGAAAAAUCAAACGAAAGAAAAACAACCCAAAACAUUAGCUCGAAGCAAAGCCAGCAAGCAUGAGCUACAAAACAACGGCAGCUAUACAGAUGGCCGAUGAAUGGAAGGCACCGCCACGCAGAACGCUAGACUACCUAUCCGGUAGCGGUAGCAGUAGUAGCAGAUCGAGCUCGCCGCAUUCCAGCCUGCAGCACAUCCCAGCGUACAACUACUUCGACAGUGCCACCCAGCAGUACCGAAAUCCACAACAGCAGCAUAUGCACUCACAACCAAAUCCCUACAUCAGUAGCAAUAAGAGAUCCACCAGCACCAGUGCCGGCCCCAAAGCAACGGACCGGGACAUCCGCCACAAGAUGCUGGAACGAGCCGCCUAUGCCAACCGGAGCUUUAUGUAUCACAAUGAGUACGAUUAUUAUCCGUACCAAGAACGGCAACAGUACCAGUCAGCAUUUUCCCGCGGGGUGGCCGGAUACGGCGGUGGGUUUAUGUUCGAAACGUCUCACUAUUCGAUUGAUCCGUCCGAUCGUAGGCCGAACGAUCGACGACGGCACAGCAUGCACCAUAUCGCGCAGAUGGGUCCGUUGAAGACGGAUGAGCUGAAGCAACGGUUCGAUGAAUACAAUUCGUCUGCGGCAGUUGGAAGAGGCACCGGUGGUGAUACCGGUGUAGGCAGAAGCAGACGUUCUAGUCAGAGACAACUGAACAGUAGUCAGCUCAGAAAGCUUCGCUACAGUGGUAGCAGAAGUUUGGAGAACUAUGAACGAAGGACACCGACUGAGCACGGAGGCAGUAGUGGGGCAGCCGGAAGACUGAAAGGAACCAGUGCGAAAACACCAAAACGUGGCUCGCGGUCGUCGCAGGGAUCGACGGACAGCAGUCACAGUUCUCAUAGCGCUUCAUCCGGCUCGCUACUGUUGACGGUAGCGAACUUGGAGAACUUUGCCAAAAUCCACAAGAAGCAACAAUCCAGCUACGGCACCAGCAAAGCCAUGGAGGAAUACCUGUCGUCGACCGUGGGAGUCGUCCCGAAGGCUGCCAUCAUGGACGCCGUCGGCAGCAAAUAUAACAGCAACAUAACUAUGAAGUACGGCACCCGCCCGGAUGAGAGCACCGCAGAAGCAUCGCCGGCGACGGCAGCGGCAAUUAUCUCCAUCGAAGAAAUCCAUUCGGACGGGCAGGUGGAUGAGCAAAAGCAAGCGCAUCGUAGCGCGCUACCGUCGUUCCAUCGAUCGGCGAAAACCAAAGAUCCGGAUUCGGUCUCAGUGGCCAGUUCCACACAUUUCACCAUGAUCAACGGGGUGGGCGGCCCGCAGCGGCUGCCCAAGGGCGGCAUGUGCUCCCGCGGACAUCAGAUCACCAUACUGAUCGUGACGAUGAGCAUCGUCUUCAUGGUUGGAAUCUGUGCGGCCGUGUUCUUCCUUGAAAUGCGUGCCAGGGAAAUGCCCAGAUAAAGCGAACAAUACAAGGAAGAACUAUGCCAUCAAGCCUAUCACCGAACCGGAACAACGAAAAACAAAACGCUAACAUAAAUAGAAUAUUAAGGAAUCAUUUCGGUUCCCAAUGUAAAACCACAAACCGACAUAUGUGUAGCCAUAUUUGAAUUUAAAAUUAAGCAAGCAAAAAUCAGUGAAGCAUCCAUUAUGAUUAAACUCGAUACCAUACCUAAAAUUGUUCUAAGUUGUAAGCAUUCCUAGCGGAAUACAGAAUUCCGAAAACACGUGAGCCUCAGUCAUUAUAAACAUCAAUUUAAUAAUAAUCAAUGCUGGAAAAUUCUGCAUAAAAUUAAUGAUAAUUAUAAUCCAGCUUAAUUCCGCACAACCAACGAAUAAACAUUAUAAAGCAUCAAAUAGUGUUCACGACGCGCGGAGAAAAGAUUUCAUUUACAUUCAGAAGCCUAUAUUCCUACGAUAAUUAAAAGACGUAGGCACCUACAAAUCACAGAACAAAAUCUCUAUAAUCCAACUUUCAGUACAUUCUAAAGUAUUACAUAAUCAUUGCCUCUAGAAAAAGCUUUAUAUACACACAACCAGCGGAUAUUAGAUUUUCUUACAAUUCUGUUAACUAAUCUUCAAAUCAGUAUCAGAACUAGGGAUAUAUGCGAAAUUACUAGGUUGCUAUAAAAAAUGUAAGGUCUUAUAUGAUACAUGUAUAAAAAUCUAGCGAUUUCGCAUGUGCCCAAUUCUUACGCAGAAUUGUAAGAAUAUGUGACCAACGCUGGUUGCGUGUUUGCCUCUGAUCGCAUAUAAGUCCCAUGCAAAUUUUCGUGUUUAGCUAUAUUUACUAAAAUAUCAUGUUUGUGCAUGAAAAGUUGAAAAAAAAAUCAAGCUACGUGUCCCAUAUUGAAAACUAUGUAAGCUCCUUUAUGUCAAAAUAAUAAAUAAACUGUUCCUAAUAAUUGUUUUAAAUGUAUAUUUGGAAUUCUCAAGUAUCGUAUCACUUCUAGAAGUACUGCGGAUUGUUCAGAACUAACGUUUCAUAUGGGACUGAUAUGCGGUCAAAGGCAUUAUAAAUGAAUUGGUAGUUCAGAAACCCUGUUGGGUUCAGAUGUUUUGUAUCCAGAAGCCAACAAUCUAUCACUCCACAAACUCGAGUGCCUAAACCUAUGGACUCAAUGACUACACUGUCCCUUAUUCUCCUCAAACAAAAUACGCUACUUACAUUAUUAUUCUCUGUGAUAUUUAUUAACUUAUUUAAAUUAUGAACACCAUAAAAUGAGUAGAAUAAAUAAAAUGAAUGAGAA